GCCGCUUUCUGUGUUAUUGGCCUCUUGGGAAUUUUGCUUGGAUCUUGUACGUGUUUUGUCCGCCGCUUUCUGUGUUAUUGGCAUCUUGGGAAUUUUGCUUGGAUUUUGUACGUGCUUUGUUGCGGGAGUUCUUCUUUGGCACUCGACUAUGGAGGGACAAAAGGGAGACGUUAUUGUCGUUCGAUUCAAUGGUAAGAAUUUCGCGCUUUGGGAAUUUCAGUUCCGGAUUUAUGUUCAGGGUCGUCGUUUGCGUGGAAUUCUGGAUGGUUCGAUCCCGGAGCCUGCGGCGGAUGCGUCCGCCAAGGUCAAGGAGGAUUGGGCGGUGAACAACGCUUCGGUUAUGUCUAUAUUGUUGAGUUCAAUGGAUCCAGGUAUUUCCUUAAGUCUGCGUGGGUUCUCUACAGCAGCUGAUAUGUGGCGGCAUCUCUCCGCGUUGUAUUCGAAGGCUAGCGCAUCUCGUAAAUUUGAUGUGGAACUGGAUCUUGCGAAUUUGAAACAAGGUGAUCGUGAUGUGAGCACCUACUACCAGGAUGAAAUGACACUUUGGACUGAACACGACCUGUUGCUGACUUCCUUGGUGCCAACAGCUGCCUCGACAGAUGUCAUUCACGAGCGAGCUGCAUCCCGGGUUAUGCGGUUUUUAAUGAACUUGUGUGCUGAGUUUGAGGGCAUCCGCGCCUCUCUUCUUCAUUGUUCAUACGGAUAUCUGGGGGCCCUCUCAUGUGACCUCUCGUCUUGGCUUCAGAUAUUUCUCUCUAUUUGUUGAUCAUGCUACGAGAUAUGUGUGGGUAUAUUUUCUCCGGAAGAAGUCUGAUCUUCUCUCUGCAGCCAAGGAGUUCUUUCAGAUGGUUUCUACGUAGUUCGGUCGGGAGGUAAAGAUUCUUCGGUAUGAUCCAGGUGGGGAAUUCACCUAAAAUCCCCUCCAGGUUGUGCUAAAAGAACGCGGUAUUCUUGCUCAACCGUCGUGUCCGGGGGUCUCACAGCAGAAUGGGGUGGUUGAGCGCAAGAACCGACAUGUGCUAGAGCUUACUAGAGCUAUUCUAUUUCAUUCACAGGUGCCGACUGGAUUUUGGGUUGAGGCGGUUCAUACUAUUGUUUAUUUGAUUAAUCGUCAGGUUACACCCAUUCUCCAACAGCGAAGUCCCUAUCAAGCUCUCUUUUCUCGCAUUCCUGAGUAUGGUCGGCUGCGUGUCUUCGGCCAUAUGUGCUAUGUUCUAUUGAGUCAACGUGAACGGAAUAAACUUACUCCCAAGGC